CUCGUCAGCUGGCCGUGCGUAAAUCCCCAAGAGUCGAGUUGCGCCUUUCUAUCUCCCCCCCCCCCCCCCCCCAAGUGUGGCUUUGCGGGGCGGUCGUUGCGCAGGGUUCCACCAGGAGCGACUGGCAACGUCCCCGAACAGCACUACUUUGAUUUGUAUCAAAUGGAGGGAGCGGACUGCACCAGCACUGAGAGCCAAACGCCGACAGCACUUUGAACAGACAAGCGAUCAGGAGCCGUCAUGUUCUAGUGACAGACGGCAGUUGUAGAGCAAGAAGAGACAGCACACCCUGGCAAAUAUGAGCGGCGGUGAAAUCAUCUUCCAAGGCUGGCUUAGGAAGUCACCUCCGGAGAAAAAGCUGAGGAGAUAUGCAUGGAAGAAACGCUGGUUCAUACUCCGCAGCGGCCGCAUGAGUGGUGACCCUGAUGUUCUCGAGUACUACAAGAACGACCACUCCAAGAAACCCAUCAGGGUAAUCGACCUGCACUGCUGCGAGCAGGUUGACGCCGGCCUGACCUUUAAGAGGAAGGAGUUCCAGGACAGCUUCGUGUUUGACAUCAAGACCUCAGACCGCACUUUUUAUCUCGUAGCUGAGACUGAGGAGGAGAUGAACAAGUGGGUCCGUUCCAUCUGCCAGCUGUGUGGGUUCAACCAGUCAGACGACAACCACGGUAGGAAAGCCUGACC